CUCACAUCUAGAAGCAAUUAUAAGUUCAACUCUCUUUCUCUCUCUCUAACAUCUAGAAGCAAUUGUAUAUAUGUGUAUCUAUGUGUAUAUAUAUACCUCUUUAGCUUUAUGUCAAAACCUUAUAUAAAACUAUGCAACGAAGCUUUGAACCUUCAACCUAAACCCAAAAUCCAAGUGCCCCACCAAAUGCUUCAAUCUUCUUCCACUACACAAAAAAAAACAACUUACUCCCUCUAUACCCUUUUAGCCUAAACCCUCGCUAAAAGCCAAUCCUCAAUAUAUAUAUAAUAACAAUAACAGACUUGAUUAAUUCAUAUAUCUUGUAUAUAUACAUAUAUGUAACAUUUUCAUAUCAAGACAUCAAGAAAUAAAGAUCUAACCCACAAAACAGAAAUAAGCAAAAAAGGCAUGGGAAGGUCACCGUGUUGUGAGAAAGCUCACACAAACAAAGGAGCAUGGACAAAAGAAGAGGACGAGAGGCUCAUAGCUUACAUUAAAGCUCAUGGCGAAGGCUGCUGGAGAUCUCUCCCCAAAGCCGCCGGCCUUCUCCGGUGUGGCAAAAGCUGCCGUCUCCGGUGGAUCAACUAUCUCCGGCCUGACCUUAAGCGUGGAAACUUCACUGAAGAAGAGGACGAGCUCAUCAUCAAGCUCCAUAGCCUUCUUGGCAACAAAUGGUCGCUUAUCGCUGGGAGAUUACCGGGAAGAACAGAUAACGAGAUAAAGAACUAUUGGAACACACAUAUACGAAGAAAACUUAUAAACCGAGGGAUUGAUCCAACAACUCAUAGACCAAUCCAAGAAUCGUCAGCUUCUCAGGAUUCUAAACCUACUCACCUAGAAGCAAUCACGAGUAACACCAUUAAUAUCUCCUUCGCUUCUUCCUCCUCUACUCCGAAGGUGGAAAUAUUCCAGGAAAGCACAAGUUUUCCUGGAAAACAAGAGAAAAUCUCAAUGGUUACGUUCAAAGAAGAAAAAGACGAGUGUCCAGUUGAAGAGAACUUUCCAGAUUUGAAUCUUGAGCUCAGAAUCAGUCUUCCUGAUGUUGUUGAUCAUCGUCAUCAAGGCUUGGUCGGAGAGGGAAAGACAACAACACCACGACGUUGUUUCAAGUGCAGUUUAGGGACGAUAAACGGGAUGGAGUGCAGAUGCGGAAGAAUGAGAUGCGAUGUUGUUGGAGGUAGAAACGGCAGUGGCAAGGGGAGUGACAUGAGCAACGGGUUCGAUUUUUUAGGGUUGGCAAAGAAAGAGACCAACACUUGUCUUUUUGGUUUUAGAAGCUUGGAGAUGAAAUAAUAAUAAUUGUUAAAUUUAGCUAAGGCGCGUAACUGUACAAACUCUUUUUGUGCCUAGAGAAUUGAUUCCAUUGUAAAUUCUUCAUCCCUUUGUAUGACAAAUUUACUGUUGGAUUUUAUAUAUAGUCUUGCUGAACAAUUUUUUGAGAUCGUAUAGUAUAAUUUGUAAACAUUCAAUGA